GUGAUUGUGACUUUGUGUUGUGGUUGUGGUGUUGGUUGACUAGUCGGACCGUCCUAGCCUUAUAGCUAAUGUAGGAAGAUGUUUCCCACUAAUUCCCAUGGUUUUCGUAAAACACCAAUUUACUAUCUAUUUAAAUACGCUAUAUUAUGUCCUUUUAAUGGUUAUUAAGUUUGCAGAUUGAGAAUUUUAAAUACGCUGCCUGUUAAUGACGCAACGUCCUAUUCUGACAGAUUAGUUUGCAGUGCUCUUUUAUUUGUUUGUUACUAGGCCUAGUCAUUAACAUAAGAACACUAUAUUGUUGCAAGUUUUAAGCUGUGAUGGCAAAUGAUUCAAGCAUGCACUCAAAUCACGGCUCGCUAAAUUUUGAUGGUUAUGAUACACCCUCUUGCGCUGAGGAAGGCCAAAUCGUGUUUUGCCCUCCUCCUGAUGCUCCCACAUAUGAACCUACUAAUGAGGAAUUUCAAGAUCCUUUGUCAUACAUCAAUAAAAUCAGGCCUCUGGCUGAAAAAUAUGGAAUCUGCAAAAUCAAACCACCCCCUGAUUGGCAACCUCCGUUUGCUGUUGAUGUUGAUCGUUUCAAGUUUGUGCCUCGAGUGCAGAGGUUAAAUGAGCUCGAGGCAACAACCAGAAUAAAAUUAAACUUCUUGGACCAGAUUGCAAAGUUUUGGGAACUUCAGGGUUCCUCCCUGAAAAUCCCUAUGGUAGAAAGACGAGCUCUAGAUCUCUUCACACUUCAUCGUCUUGUUCAGAAUGAGGGUGGAUUCCUUACUGUUAUUAAAGAAAGAAAGUGGGCAAAGAUUGUUCAAAGGAUGGGACUUCCCUCCAACAAGAGUUUAGGAACCCUCCUAAAAAAUCACUACGAACGAAUCCUAUACCCGUUUGACAUAUUCCAGCAAGGGAAAAAUGUAGAUGAUGUGAAAAUGGAAGCAGAGGAAGAACGUGAAGGUCAGGAAAAUGAUGCUGAUUAUAAACCCCAUGGUAUCAUAUCUCGCCAAGCCAUAAAACCGUACGGGCAAGGUCAACAUGAUCGUAGGGCGAAACGCUAUGCUGCUAGUGCCAAAUCUGAAAAGGAUUCCGGAGAUUGUGCUGAUAAUAAAGAAUUAAAGCGACUUCAAUUCCUUGGAGCGGGACCAAAAAUGGCUGGUUAUCAAAUGCGGAAACCUGAAAAACCUAAAGGAAAAAAACAAAAGAAACAAACCUAUCAAGAUGACGAUGACCCGUUGGCCAAAUAUGUUUGCCACGGAUGUAGUAGAGGAGAUGCUGAAGAGUUUAUGCUGCUAUGCGAUGGUUGUGACGACAGCUACCAUACGUUUUGUUUGAUGCCACCACUCCUAGAAAUACCCAAGGGUGAUUGGCGUUGUCCAAAGUGUGUGGCUGAAGAGGUCAGUAAACCUACAGAGGCCUUUGGAUUUGAACAAGCCCAACGGGAAUACACUCUUCAACAGUUUGGAGAAAUGGCAGAUCAGUUCAAAUCAGACUACUUCAACAUGCCAGUUCAUAGAGUUCCUACAAACUUGGUUGAAAAAGAGUUCUGGAGAAUAGUAUCAUCCAUUGAAGAAGAUGUGACUGUAGAGUAUGGAGCUGAUCUUCACACGAUGGAUCAUGGAUCAGGAUUCCCAACUAAAACAACCACCAAUACCAAAAGUCCAAUUGAUACCAAGAAGUAUGCAGAGUCCAGUUGGAAUCUCAAUAAUCUACCUGUGUUGGAAGGCUCUGUGCUUGGUUACAUCAAUGCAGACAUUUCUGGUAUGAAGGUUCCGUGGAUGUAUGUUGGCAUGUGUUUCGCUACAUUCUGCUGGCACAAUGAGGACCACUGGAGCUACUCCAUUAACUAUCUUCAUUGGGGAGAGCCCAAAACGUGGUACGGGGUCCCAGGGUACAAGGCUGAAGUGUUUGAGACUGCCAUGAGACAAGCUGCGCCAGAACUCUUCCAGUCUCAACCUGAUUUGCUGCAUCAACUUGUUACAAUCAUGAAUCCCAACGUCCUAAUGGAAUCAGGUGUACCUGUUUUCCGAACGGACCAACAUGCUGGAGAAUUUGUUAUAACGUUCCCCAGAGCCUACCAUGCAGGAUUCAACCAGGGAUACAAUUUUGCAGAGGCUGUCAAUUUUGCUCCUGCUGACUGGAUAAAGAUGGGCAGAGAAUGCAUCAACCACUACUCUACUUUGCACAGAUUCUGUGUAUUCUCCCAUGACGAGUUAGUUUGCAAAAUGGCCGUCCAACCUGAUAGCUUAGAUCUGAGAAUCGCUGCAUCCACUUACCAAGAUAUGCUUGUCAUGGUUGAUACAGAGAAAAAACUGCGCAAAGGUUUACUGGAUGCUGGAAUCGUGAGUGCAGAAAGAGAAGCUUUUGAGCUGCUACCAGACGACGCCAGGCAAUGUGAACACUGCAAGACUACAUGCUUCUUGUCAGCUGUUACAUGCUCCUGCAGUGCCAACAUGUUGGUGUGUCCUAAACACUAUGACAAGCUGUGCUCCUGUCCCAACAACUUAAAUAAAACUAUGAGAUACCGUUACACUUUGGAUGAAUUGCCAGUCAUGAUUCAAAAAUUAAAGUUGAAAGCUGAAUCUUUUGACACUUGGGUUACCAGUGUUCAAGAUGUGCUAAACCCUAAUACACCAAUUACCCGAGAUUUGGAUGACUUAAAAUCAUUGAAGGAAGAAGCAGAAGAUAAGAAGUUUCCUGAGUCUGAGUUGCUGCUUGGUUUGACACUGGCUAUCCAGGAGGCAGAGAAAUGUGCCAACGUGGCACAACAGCUUGAUAGCACCAGGAUGCGCACAAGGACAAGACUGGCCCAGACUAACUGUAAGUUAACUGUUGAGGAGCUUACACUGUUUUAUGACCAAAUAAAAGAGUUAGCAUGUAAAAUCAAAGAAGAGGAAACCAUCAAAGACCUUCUACAGAAAGCAAAAGAAUUUCAGGAAGAAGCUGCUAAAAUCCUUUCUCAGAAUGUUGUGGAUUCUAAGUUGAUAGAAACAACUAUAAAGAACGGUUUCUUCCUUAACAUUGAAUUUGCAGAACUUUUCAAACUGAAGGAGAAACUUAAUCAAAUGAGGUGGUUAGAGGAAGUGAACAUUGUACGUGCAGACAGCGAGGAAAUGACAAUCGAAGCCAUAAAAGAAUUGAUUGAAACAACAGAGAAAAUUACACCCUUCCCUGAAAUGGAACAAAACGUAAAUGAACUUCAACAACUUUUACAGAAAAUGGAAGCAUGGGAGAAAAAGGCUCAAGCAUGUCUCGAGUCAAAGGAGACUCAAAACUUAAAAUCUUGGGAAGACCUACUUGAAGAAGCUGAAGGCAUAGAUGCACAUCUACCAAGUAGAACAGCAAUCAAAGAAAUCUUGAAAAAAUCAAAAGACUGGAUAGCAAAAGCCGAAACUUCUAUGGAAGGAACAAACUAUCCGUAUAUGGAGAUUGUGGAGGAUCUGGUAAGCAAGGGUCAGCAGCUUAUGGUCCACACAGAUUUGCUGCCUAAGCUGGAUCGAAUGUUGAAAGGGGCUGCCUUGUGGAAAGAGAAGGCUUCUCGCGUCUUCCUUCGAAAGGGAAGCCCAUUCACCCUCAUGGAGGCCCUUAUACCUCGUCCAGAAGGAGGCUAUGCAAUGUUGAGACAAAAGAGACGGUCCAAGGACCCUCUUCAUGCAUAUUCUGUCUCUGGCAUCAAGAUGCAGGGUACUAUUGAUCCUGCUAUAGUUGUCAAUGCUUUCAAGAGAGCUGAAAAAGCUGAACUGGCUGCAAUGAUGAGAUUAAGAGAAGAAAAUGAGAUCAAAAGAAGGUGUAACCAAAAUGAUGGUAAAUUUUGUAUCUGCCGAAAACCCUGCACUGGAGCCAUGAAUGAAUGUGCUUUAUGCAAAGACUGGUUUCAUGUGUCAUGCGUCCCUCUGUCAAAAGGGAUUGUGAAAGCAAAUAUUCCUAACGGUCAAGAAAAAGGAAAGCCUAUUUCGUUCAUGAACGAGACCAAGUUCCUGUGUCCUGUGUGUAUGAGGUCUCGUCGCCCCAGAAUGGACACCAUCCUUCAGUUGCUGGUGGCUUUGCAGGCUCUUCCUGUGAGGUUGCCUGAAGGAGAAGCUCUUCAGUGUCUCACUGAGCGAGCCAUGAGUUGGCAGGACAAAGCGAGACAGCUGCUAGAAACUGAUGAGCUUCUCGGAGCUUUGGCAAGGCUCUGCAUCCUGAACCAAAAGGCAAGUGAGGCAGCUGCUCGCCAAAAGACUGAGAAAAUCAUCAGCAGCGAACUGAAAAAAGCUGCAUGCAAACCUGAACUACUUCGGCGAGUAGCGGCAAUUUCUCCUUUGAGUGGUCUUUAUAACUCCAAGUUGGACGACUGUCAUUCAGAAGAAUCAUCGCCAAAUUCACCUAUGGUUGAGGAAAGCAGUGCACCAGAAAACUCUGCAUUCAACAAUUCAAAUUCUGAACACGCCUACUCAACUGUGUCCAAAGUACGAACCAAGAAACAUCAACGGAAGUCACCUUUAGUGCCUCGAACGCUGGAGGAACCACCCCUCGCUUUGAGCCAGGAAGUUUUAGUCAGGCUUCAGGAAUUGAUGACCGAAGGUGAUAUAAUGGAAGUGUCUUUGGAAGAAACUAACAUCAUUUGGAGAGUCUUACAAGCAACCAAGCCUCAGAAUCUUCGCAGCAGAUGUAUUGAAGAAGAGGAUGAAAGUGAAACGGACUGUGACAUUAUGAAAAACCUAAAAGACAGAGUCGCAAGGACCAAACGUAUGUUUGAAGAUAUUGACAUAAGUAGUGGAAACUUCCCAUCUACUUCUAAUAGUAAUAAGAAAUUGAAGGUACGAAACCCUAGGAAGAAUCAAGAUGGUGUUGGUAAAGAACCUAGAGAAAGGAAGACAAGAACCCGACGGGAGGGUAAAAAAACUGGAGGGAAGCGAAGCCGUAUUAACGAAGCAGACGACCUGACAUCAGAAGAGGAAGAAGAAGAGUUGUGUGCAGCAUUAAUAUGUGGAAGACCAACUGGCUCGGAAGUCGACUGGGUCCAGUGUGAUGGAGGUUGUGAACAGUGGUUCCACAUGGACUGUGUCGGCAUCGGGAAGGACGAUGUCAAUGAAGAUGAGGAUUACAUCUGUAAACAAUGCCUCCUGAAUGAUUCUUUUGUAGAGGAGGAAAUGGAUUUGUCACAGAUCAAAACAGAACCAACCGAUAAUCAAGAUAGUGUUGAUGAAAGCAUUGAACUAGCAAAUCUAUUUAAAAUGACACACGCAGAUGACUUCAUGGCAGAUCAAUAACCAAAUACACAACACCCAGACACAUCCUUCCUUCUUAGCUAUAGGCCUUUUAAGUAAUAUUGUAUUUAUAGAACUUUACUAUACAGAUCAAUCGCAUAUUGUUUUUACCUCAAUGCAAUGUAUUUAUUCACAUCAGGAAACUCAGAAAUCGCUAAUCAGAUAAAGAUAAUAUUUUUCCCCUUUUCAAAUCAAUUUAAAAUGGAAAUGAAUUUUGUCAUUAUGUGUUUCAUGUUUUGUUUGAACUUUGACUCUUAUUUAUUUUUUAUUUAUUAAAAUGUUUAAAUGGUUAUACAAUCAAGAAUACUUAAUUAAUUUGAUAUUUAAUUAUAUUUAUAUGUUCUAUUCCAUUAUAAACAACAUUUGUAUGUUGUACACAUUAAUUUCAACGAUUGACCACAUUUCUCAAGUUAUGGAAAUUAAUAGUUUUUUUUAGGAACUAAGGUUUUUCGAUUUUUUCAUAUGUGUACUUGAUUUAAAAUAUUCUAUAUGUUCUUGAUUUUGAAUUUUGUAUUGCUGAAUUAUGAUGAUUCAUGUGUGAAUGAAUGUGAAAAUGAAACUUGUGAUAAAUGUAUAAUUAGUUAACUUCACAAAGGUUUUUUCUAUCUUAGUACUAUUCUAUUUAGUUGUAUUUUCCCAGUUUUUAUUUGUUAGAUACCAUAUUAACAUUACGCCUAUAUGUUAAUUUUUGUUUUGUUUUACUAUAUCAAAGGCGAUUGUUAUUUACACUAUCACAACUCCAGGUACAAUAUACUGAUUUAUUAUUACUCAAUACUUUUGACAAAAUAGUUCAUCAUCAACAAAUGAUUGAUCCCAAGGCAGAAAUAUUCAAAAUGUUAAGCAGACUAUAUUUUUUGCAUUCCAAUUUUUUUUUACUAUGACAGUAUACUGUAUAAUAUCUAUACAGCUGAAUUUCUGUUGCACUACCAAACGAUGAUACAUAAACCUAUUUUGAAGUAAAGUAUUACUUUAAAGUGUACAAAGUCUCAAAAGCAAAGGUCAACCAAACUAUAUGUUACACUGACCAAAAAAUUGUAUUUCGCACAAUGGAUCCAGGUUUGACAGGUGCAAAAUCUUAACUGAUUUUCCUGUCCUUAAGUUCCAUUUGUUGGGUCCUUUGGUUUAUUUUACCAAUGUUUAAGUUGUUUGAAUAUAAGCAGUGUAAAUCCACAAGGAAUGGUCAGUUUAUCGUGGUUACUAGUUUCUUAUAAAUAUCUGUUAUGGAGUACUAUUCAUAGAUACAAAACUGUUUGCAUACCACAUUGUUUAUCUCGUGUCACCAAUUUGUAAUUAUAACGUGUCAGUUUGCCUAUGGAAAUAAACAAUUUGUGUGCAUUAACUUAUCAAUGACAUAUGUAAAUAGAUAUAUUAUUUUUAUAGGAUCAAUACAGUUAUUUUAUUUAUAAGAAUUUCACCUUAUUAGUCCAGUACAGUUUCACGAUUCCUCAAAGUAUUAAUUGAGAUAUUUCACUUCAUAUUUGGAGGUUAACUCAACUGGUAAUUGUCUGAAUUAUAUUGUGAAUUUGAACAAACUUAAAAAGUUUGUGGAAGUUGUAGGAAAUAUGUUCAUAAUCAAAUAAUAUAAGUAAUAAUACAUUUGCAUAAUCUUUUAUGAAUUGUUUUUCUCCUUAAAUCAAAUUUAAUUUUGUCAAAUUAAUAUAGAAUAGCAUUGAUUUAAGAAGUACCGGUAUUUACAUUAUAGCAUUGAGUGGUAUACUGAAGUAGACAUUCCAUCUACAUGAACGAGUUGUCGCCAAUUUUUAUUAUAUUUUCUACCUUAUGUUUUGAUACUGAGAUAGUAAAAGGGCAUAAAUAUGUUAAAGCUUACAAUAAGUUGUCCUAUGAGUUUUACUAUGAUAAAAAGUCUGCAUAUUUGACACAAAUCAGUCAUUUAUAUCAGCCCAAUCUGUAGGUGGCUCACCUCAACUAUGUUCAUUUUGAUUAAAAACAUUCAUGGGGAUCGAAUGUCUAUUUCUAUCAAUUGUCAAAGAUUAUAAAGAUUAUAGGUUAGAAUUGCUUUAUUGUAGUUUAAUUUUAUAUAUUUGUCAAGUCACAUUAUUAGCCACGUUUUGUAUUUAUAUACCUAAUUAUGUUUGUCACAAGUGAAUUUUUUAUUUUGUAACUCAGUUAGUCUAUGAUUUUUGGUUCUACCUUGUUUUUGCAGUUCUAGUGACAUAGGAUAGGCUAUAUAUAUGUAUAUUGUAUAUUUAAUUAUUAGCCUAACAUGAAUAUUAUUUUUAGUUAACAAUAAUAUUGUUAUGGUUAAAAAUAAAAAUAUUAGAAACUUUUAUUAUUAAAUUUUUUAUUGUAAUGUUUAUAAGGGCUCGGUGACUUGAGCCGAUUACACAUGAGCAAAGAUGCUGUGGCAGAUAAAGGUGGUGUUGAGCUCAUCAUAGUGGACCUUGGAGAAAUAAAAAAUAUCAGAAAAAGGGCCUGCCUAGUGGCUAAAUGUUCAGGUCAUUGGCUCUCUGGAAAUCUCUAGUUAAGUUGCAAUUGCCAUUUGCCUCCUGCACUACCACAAUUCGUCCAUUUGUUCAAGUUUGUCAUGGCAACCUUAUGGAAAGUGAUUAAACAUGUUUUGAACUCUAUGAAAAUGUUCAGGAAAUGUUAUUCCUCUUUUCAGACUAGAUUUUAAUUAUUUUGUUGGAGGAGGAUUUUUUCAAGGCAUUUAACAAUACUAUCGCUAUUGCUCGAAAUUAUCACAAUUUUGUCAUCUAUCAAAUGCUGAUCAGCUGUUAAACUUAAUAGACAGAUUCUCUGCAAACCAAUACUGAAAUGUUUGAUAUUCUCUGAUCAAAUGUUUCUAAAUAUCAUCAAAAUGUAGAAUGUUUUGAGAAAUCAAAUUUCGGCUCUUCCCUAUUUUAAAGUUUUCAUCGCAUAAUUCAUUGUUCAAUUCAGGUUUUUCACAGUUAGCAAAAUUUUUGGUUGAGUGGGUAACCUGAUUCAACACGGGGCUAGGUUUUAAAAUUUGGUAUCUUUAACAUAAAAAUAACACUACUUGAUACACACAAGGUUUUGUUUGAAGAUGAAGUAACUGAGACCAAAAUUAUCUAACUUUUUCCUAUCAUGGUAUCUUUUGGACAUUGCAGGGACAGUCAUUUUUAUAUCAAUGUUCAAUGAGAAAGUUAUCCAAUUUAAAUUUAAUUUAGGAUUUCUAAAUAAAUUUUAGUUUUUUUCUCGCUGAAGAGAAUAAAAUGUUUACCAGAUAAUUAAUGAUUGAAUUUAAGAAAUGAUGAACAUAAAUUGUUUGGAUAGGUACUUUCUCACAAAUUAUAAUUAGACCUUUACUUUAUUUAUGGAAUUUGUAUUUUACAGCCAUAAAUUAAAAUUUUAUUUUUUUAUGAAACACUUAACUGUUAUUUACAGAAACUUUUGGGCUCAUUUAGGCAGUGUUAGCAGAUAUUGCUGUACGUUAACAACUUGCAUGGUGGUCGGGACCCCAGAGAUAUGAAAGUAGUUAGUUUCUUAGAGGUCCACGACUAGAUGGUAAUUUAAUUAGGGUGAGUACACCAGUGAAUGACUGUUUCAGCUUGAGUUUCCACUAAACUUGUUUCCGACUUUAGAAAAUAGGCUAUCAAGCUACAGUGGAGGAAAUAUUUUUAGUGUCUUGUCUGUUUUCUCCGGUACUUCCUGAUGGUAAAACUUAAAGGUUUUAUGUUCUAACAUAAUACAUCCUUUUUUACUAAUAACCCGUUGACAAUUACCAAGUCGAAGCCGGACCCCUUUAUUUGAUGAAAAUAACCAAUACAGGAUUGUUAAUAUAUAGUUUCUAGUGGAUGACCACUUUUCAACUAGCGGCCUUUAACUCACGUCAAGUUUUGAUAAUAAUGUAUCCACAUGAUUUCUGCUGAGAUUUUGUGUUUAAUAUCGAGCACUUAAUCCAUCAAAAACAUUGUAAAUAGACGUACCCACGUAAAGUAAAUUUGGUUCAGUACUUGUACCAACACAUUUUUUCAGCCUAAAUAUGUAUCGUGCUUAUUUAAAUGUUGAAUUAAAAAAAUUAAAAUAGAUUUCAUUUUUCAAACAAAAAAAUUAUGGAUGCUUGUCCAUUUUCAUUGAAUUAGUAACUUGAACUGCAUUCAUACAAAAUAUAAUUUAAUACUUAGAUUUUAAAGUCCGUACAACAAUUUUUCCCCAUACAUUUGAUCUUAUCACAAGUAUCAGUUGGACAGCUUCUAGGUUUAUAUACCUACAAGCCAUUUGCAUUUAAAUUUUUUUUCGUCAGAAUGGUCCAAUCUCUGGUCUUGUAGCUUAAAUGCCAACUUUAUCUUAGAUAUCAUCAUUAAUUAUUUAUUAGUUUACUAAGGGGUUCAGGUUGACUGUCCUAUGCCAUCUUUACAAGGACAUUCGUCCUAAACACGGAAACAAGAGUUAACAAAAUUCUGCUUCUAGAUGUUGUUCUCAAAAGCCCCACACUUAUCUCCACCUCCAUUUUUAUACCUUGGCAAACACUUAAUCUUAUCCAUUGUUUGGUUUUUAUCAUACUUGAAAGUAUCAAGUUCUUUUAUAACAUAAUAUAUCUAAAAAUUUGUUUUAACAGUUGUAUUUUUCUGGUAGAUUUAUAUUAACAGAGAACAUAUUAGUUUGAUAAUUAAAACAUCAGAAAUUACGAGAAAAUAAUAUGUUAUUUUAUUUAUUGAUCAGGUACAUUGUUUACAACUGCUUCUUUAAGUUUUCUGCCUCUUACAAACUUUCAUUUUUCUAGUCUAAGUAUUUGUCUUAUCCAUAGUGAUCUCAGUUGCUUAAGAAUUAAAGUAUUUUUCUUAAAGACACCUAAUCUGUAGUAAAUAUUGCAUUAACUACAAUUAAUUGGGAUUGUAAUAUAAUUUAUUCCCAUGUAUAUUAUUUACAUUGAUUUAUGAGUCUUCAAAAAUCAAGUUGUACAAAAUGUACUUUAGUGGUCUUUUCUUUCAUCAUAAAACUUCCACCAUUGUAAUUAUUUAUGUAAAUAAAUACUGAUCAAAGAUUGUUUUGACCUGCAUCUGAUUUGUUUCAGAUAAACUAUAUCUUUUUAUGUUAUGUCACCAUUAAAUUAGUGUUUCAAAAUGAAAAGUUAAAAACUGUAAAUAAAAUA